AUGCAGAUGCCUUUCCACCGUCAGCUCUUACUGCAGGAGCGACAGCAACCGACGCCUGCCCAACACCAUCAGCAAGCCCAGCAGCCGCCCCAAAGACAGCUGCGCAUAGACAGACGGAAAUCGGGGCAGCGCGGGGACAACGGCUCCCCACGAACGGGGACAAGGGGUGGCGAUGGGGAGUCGAACUCUGCAAAACCUGUGGAUGCGCAUUCAACGGCACCGCCUUGGGCCCAUUGCCCUCUGCUGCAGCCUCCAACGGCUUUAGGGAAUCCACAAAACCAUCAUUUUUUAAAAGUUGGUAGUAGAAUUGCCACAGACGGCAAAUCAGCUGCAGAGGGAGCCGCAGAGCCCCUCAAAGUUACUGUUCUUGGCGCUGGCCAAGAUGUCGGUCGCAGUGCGGUGUACGUACGGCGAGGAGAAAGGGGGCUUCUUUUCGACUGCGGCAGCCAUCUAGGGGCUAAGCAGGCCAGGAAGCUGCCAGUUUUGAACAUGUUGCUGGAGCUCGCCCCUCAACAGAAUGCUAGGCAAGAGACACAGACAAUGGAAGAAGCGCUUCUGCAGCCUUCGCCUCUGUUUGCCUGUUGUACAGACGCAACGCUUAUCUCUCAUUUUCACAUGGACCACUGCGGCUCUUUGCCGUCAUUUACAGAACGUCUCGGGUAA